AUGGCCGCCAGUGAUGUGACAAUAGGAAUGAUCUUCUUCCUACAAACAACGAUUGGAGUUUGGGGGAAUUUUUCGCUUCUUUUCCAUCACAUGUGUCUUUACUUCAGUGGGUACAGGUUGAAGUCCCCAGACUUGAUUAUUAAGCACCUCAUUGUAGCCAACUUCUUAACUCUCCUCUGUAAAGGAGUGCCCCAGACGAUGGCGGCUUUUGGGUUGAGAGAUUUCAUCAGUGAUUUGGGAUGCAAACUUCUCUCCUACCUCCACAGAGUGGGCAGAAGUGUGUCCAUAGGGAGCACCUGUCUGCUGAGUGUUCUUCAGGCAGUCACAAUCAGCCCCAGGAACUCCAGGUGGGCAGAGCUUAAAGUGAAGGAUCCCAAAUAUACCGGCUUCUUCAUAUUCCUGAGCUGGAUUCUCUCCUUGCUUGUAAAUAUCAUUUUCCUCAGCAAUGUGACUAGCAAAUGGUGCCAUGCAAAUAUCACAAUGAAAACGGAUCCAAGGAACUGUUCUGCAAAAAACAGCGAGACCGCCGUGUCGUCACUUUAUGCUGUCAUGUUGUCAUUGCCUGAUGUUGUGUACUUGGGACUCAUGCUCUGGGCCAGCAGCUCCAUGGUUGUAACCUUGCACAGGCACAAGCAACAGGUCCAACACAUCCGUAGGCCCAAUGUCUCCCCCAGAUCCUCUGCUGAGUCCAAGGCUACCAAAACCAUCCUUCUGGUAGUGAGCACCUUUGUCAGUUUUUACGCUCUUUCCUGCAUUUUUCAAGUUUUUUUGACUUUUUUAAGUAAUUGCAACAAGCUCCUAGUGAGCUCCGCUGCAAUAACUAACGCGUGUUUCCCAACCAUCAGCCCCUUUCUGCUCAAGAGUCGGGACUCCAGUGCACUUAUGUUCUGUCUGGCCUGGAUAAAGAAUAAGAAAGUCCCUAAUCUUAAGGGAGACAUGUAA